CAGUUUGAUCGCGGCAGGCUUUUGUUGUAAGUUGUGAUCCCGGAAGCGGUGUUGAGCGGCUGGUCUUAGUGGUGUGAUGGUAUCGGGGCCGCUGAGGAGAGUGAGGACGGAGCAGGACACAGAAUAUAAUUCAUGAAAUUCCAGCUGGCAGCCACUGAAGCAACCUUCCUGUGAUGGGGCUUCAAAUUCAUUUAGUCUACGACCCGCAGGGCUGGUGUUGUGUCAGCCUCAUCACCUUUGUUUGGCUUUAUAAUACUCUCUACGUUCCCAAACUUAUACUCUUCCCUCACUAUGAAGAGGAACACAUUCCAGCUGCAGUGAUAGUGCUUUAUUACUUGGCAUCGUUGUGCUGUGUAACAUCUCUGGUGAGAGCCUCCAUUGCUGACCCAGGGCAGCUGGCACUAAACCCGGAAAUACCAUAUUCAGAAAGACAAUACUGGGAAAUAUGUAAUAAAUGCAACAAGAUGAGACCAAAGCGAUCCCACCAUUGCAGUCGGUGUGGGCACUGUGUUCGAAAAAUGGAUCAUCAUUGUCCGUGGAUAAAUAAUUGUGUUGGAGAGGACAAUCACUGGCUCUUCCUACUGCUAUGUUUCUACACAGAGUUCUUGAGUUUCCUCACAUUAGUCCUCAAUUUCUGCCAAUAUUACUACCUCCAGCCUCUAACAAAAGUAAAAGAGGAGCUAUUUGUGUUUCGGCAUGAGUUGGCCAUGCUGCGGAUAUCUACCUUGACGGGCAUAGUGAUGUUUGGAGGGAUGUUCGGCCUCUUUUAUGGUCAGCUGUCAAAUGUUUUGGCAGAUAUGACAACUAUAGAAAGAAUGUCAAGUUGUCUUGAUGAGACAUUGAAGCCCAGCAAGCCAUGGCAGCAGACCUUCUCAGAAGUGUUUGGCACUCGCUGGAAAAUCCUGUGGUUCAUUCCAUUCAGGCAUAGGCAACAGCUGCGAGUCUCCUACAACCUGGCCAAUCACGUUUAACAGAUGAAAGCUGAAAAGACGAGUUCUCCUGUGUCAAAGUAUUAGCAGAAUUUCCAGUAAUACUUGCAUCCCCAUGUUCAAUUUGACACUUGACACUUCUCUCCUAGCAACAGUAGUGUGUUCCAAGUAAUAUUCUGAACAAAACUUCUGCCUGUUAAUAGCUAAUACAGGCUGUGUUUCAGGGCCACAAAAGAGUAUUGAAUACAACUCUUUGAAGUUAUUACAGUUAUCUUAGAAACAUUGUUAAACAAUUAAUUAUCAAUAAUGAGAUGUGGGGAUUUUCUUUAUUUAAAUAUUCCAGCCGAUUUCAGUCUGAUUUUUAGCAAAGAGCUAAUGGGAUGACCAUUUUGAUCAAAAAUGCUACACUUUUUUUUCUGGAGACUUCUUCAAAUAAGCGUGUCUGAAUUGUUCAGUUUGUGAAAGGUGCUAGCAUUAUUGUACAGCCUAAUUCAUAAUCAUGAAUUAUUUUUGGAUCCAUCAAUUGCAAAUAUAUAUUGCUGGGAAAAAUUUAGCCUAUCACAGGUCAGGAACGAGAUGUCAGUCUUUGUAAUGUUACAUGUUAAUGCGAAGAAAGAUGCAUAAGACAAAUUGUUUGGGAUUUUUGAAAGAAUUACAUUGUGGUUUUAAAGUAUGUUGUCUGCAUGUGACUUUCCUUUCAUGAUUAAUUUUUAAUGUUUUUUGUACGUUCAGUUACUGUAGUUCAUUUAUACCAAUAUUUAACUUUUGUAUCAAACAUUGCUGAUGGGAUUAACUACCAUUUGUUAUUCUUGAGUGUUACGAGACCAUGUUUUUAUGGAAAUGAGAAAAAAAUUGCUAAGAGUGAGUGCAUGCUAGGAAUAUGGAAAUUCUCAGUUGAGAGGAUCAUGGAGUGUCACAGAUCGCUUGGAGAAAAUGAUUAAUGAAAUUUAUUUAAGUAUAAUAAAAUCAAUUUGGCCAGUCCUGUGGGAAACAGUUUACAGGUUAGCUAAUCAAAUUGAAGAAUAUUUUAUCAAGUGCCUAUAAUUUAGUGACUUUUAUUGUGACAGUGCAAUUGGCUUGUUCUGAUGAAUUCAGGAACCAAAGAUAUUACAUAACUGUUAGGACAAGCUCUAAUAGUAAAGUAAAUUGUGAUUUUUUAAAAAAUAACCUGCAGUAAUUUAUUGCAAUAACUUUGUUGUGUCCUGAUUGUCAGACCAUAGAUUAUCCUGAUCUCUCCAUAGUGAUUAUGUGUAUUUGUACAAUAUAUGUGAAUUGCAAUAAGUCUGUGUCUCCUCUCCCUUUAGGGGAUAUCUGAACAAGUAGUACACACUGUUCACACAAUUUUAUCCAAUGUAAAAGUAAAUUCUUACCCAUCUUCUAAUCAGAAAACCCUUGACUGAAUCAUUAAGAAAUGCUGACAUCUGCCAUGAUGGAUCUGUCAUAAGUGAUGGUAAACAAAUAGCAUUAUUGACUGUUAAAGAUUAUGUCAACUUAAUUGCAGGACCUCUGUUCUUUUUAUGGUUAGUAAUACGAAAUUACAAUGCUUAAUAUCUGCUGUUUAACUUUGAAGUUGAAGUAGCAUUGGUGUUUGAAUGAAUUCUCACAAGCCCAUGUUUUUCCCAAUUUUCUCCCUUUAUAUUGUGAAGGUGCUGGUUUAUAUAAGUGUAAAGUUCACAGGUAGCAGCAACCAUUCCCAAUAGUCUUUAGUUAGAAACCUAGACAGAGGAUGUCAAUAAAACUAUCCCCAUGGAGAGCAUCGCUACCAUUUGACCCUUUCCUUCUGCAAGCACUUUCCAACAGAGAUCAGAACCAAGAAUGACCGAUUUCCCUCACCUAUUUAGACCAUUGGCACGAAUACCAGUUGCAAUUACAACUGCUCACUCAGUAUACAUUGUGCACCUAAGAUGUGAACCUUGUGGUCUGCUUGGUUCAAAGGGAGUUUGGUCUUACAUUUAUUCACCAGAGCCAUUAGCGGAGUUCACUUUGCAAAACAAUUUACCAGGGUCAGAUUGACUUGGUGAUACAGUUGCAUUGUGACAUCAUGAAUUCCAUAUCUUUCUCAAAAAAGGUACUAGCAGCAAAAUGCAAAGCUUGAUUAUGGCUUUCAUGUAACAGGUGGUAACAUACAUUGCAAUGUAAACUAUGCUGAUCAGCCAGUAUGGCACUCAUGUGGAAUUUUAAGGUUAAGUGUUUUUGGGUUUGCCAGGGGCUGAGCUUGCCUGAAAGAUCCAUAUUCAGAUUGUAACAGCCUUUUAAUAUUAUAAUUUAAAAAAUGUAUCCUAUUUAAAAAAAACAGACUUUGUAUAUA